AUUGAGAAUAAAAAAUAAAAGAGAGAAUAGGAAAAAAAAAAUCCCCCGUUUUCUCUAGCAGCGGCGGCGGCAGGGUUUAGCAUUUCAAUGCCCUAAAUCUAAGGCGGAUCUCCGUCCGUUCAUCGCGGCUGAUUGCACAUAAUUUCUCUCCGAACUCUCAGAUUUACCGAUGGCUUCCUUCGCCGGCAGGGCCAUUUUCCGAUCCUCCUCCGGCAAGGCUGCGACUCUUCUGAGCGUCGGAGCCAGAGCAGCUCCGGCUCGUUCACCAUUUCGAAUUGCUUCUAAACGACCUUUCUCUCAGUGCUCUGUAAGGAUUCCGGUUGAAAUGAGCUUCUGUGUGGAGUCCAUGCUUCCAUUCCAUUCUGCGACCUCUUCGGCAUUAAUGAUUUCGAUGCUUUCUGUCUCUCGCCAUAAUUAUGGUUGGCUUUCAGAAGUGUUCAAUGAUGAUGUGUGAUGAUGAAUGGUCAAGCGGCAGAAAGUUUUGUGUGCAGAGUUCUACAUUGCCGCAGUGGCCACUGCUAAAUUUUGCGAGCUGAUCUGCUGGGAUUUGGUUAUCCAUAUCUUGACUUUCAGUCGAGUUUGCAUGUCUUAGAUUCUGACUUUCAGUCUAGUUUGCAUGUCUUAGAUUCUGAAUUUGUGUAACUAUUAGACUACUAGAUUGUAUAGGAAGAGAUCCACAGUAGACAGACAUUUGAGUUUUAUUUGAACAGAAAGAAAGGCUUCAAUAAACUGAGUUCAUGGAAUCUCAUUACGUUGAAUUCC